AUGCCGAUGAUUGGGUUUGGAUCAAACAGCGAGAUGCUUGAUGGGUUUUCUUCUGUACCGUCGUUCGAUCUUCCCCGUACAACCGACUUUGAUGGGUUUCAGAAAGAAGCUGUGCAGAUGGUGAAGCCUGCAAAGGGUACAACCACGCUCGCGUUUAUCUUUAAAGGAGGUGUUAUGGUCGCUGCUGAUUCUCGAGCUAGCAUGGGAGGAUAUAUCUCGUCGCAAUCUGUGAAGAAGAUUAUUGAGAUUAAUCCUUAUAUGCUUGGUACAAUGGCUGGUGGAGCUGCUGACUGCCAAUUCUGGCAUAGAAAUCUUGGAAUUAAGUGCCGUCUACAUGAACUGGCAAACAAAAGAAGAAUCUCUGUUUCAGGAGCAUCAAAGCUUCUUGCCAACAUGCUCUAUUCAUACCGUGGAAUGGGACUCUCUGUCGGCACAAUGAUUGCUGGAUGGGAUGAAACAGGCCCUGGAUUGUACUAUGUGGACAACGAAGGAGGACGGCUCAAAGGAGACAGAUUCUCUGUCGGUUCCGGUUCACCAUAUGCUUAUGGUGUUCUUGAUAGCGGAUACAAAUUCGAUAUGUCGGUUGAAGAAGCCUCGGAAUUAGCAAGGAGAUCGAUCUAUCAUGCUACAUUCCGUGAUGGAGCUAGUGGUGGAGUUGCUAGCGUGUACCACGUUGGGCCUAAAGGAUGGACGAAGCUUUCCGGAGACGACGUUGGCGAGCUACAUUACCAUUAUUACCCUGUGGCUCCAGCUACCGCCGAACAUGAGAUGGUGGAGGCCGCUGAGUAA